GGCUGCGGUCCGUGUCCUGCAGUUCAACUCUGGCUGACACCGAGGGAUCUGCAGAAGCCUCCCUUCAUCCCUAUUUCGUCCCUGAUCGAGCUGGCGGGAGAACCUUGAGAGACUACUAAGGGCGCACGAUGCCUGAACUUUCGUGUUUGGCCCCACCCACUCAUCUGUAGGAGGCCAAAGACGAACCCAAGGGAAUGAAUACAAAUGCACAGCAAGCCUGGCCUGGGCUGCGCAAGACUGCCCCUGGGUCCUGCUCUGCUUAAGAGCAUCAACUAAAGACCACUGCAUGCAUGUUCCCGCAGGGUGUCUCUAGCCUAUACCUACAGGAAGUGGUGUCCACUGUGAGCUGGGGAGACUCCAGAAGGCUGGGUUCGGAUGGGCUUGGAGGGAUGGCUCCACUGUCCCAUCCUGCUUUAGCUAGCAGCUGAUCGAUCACUGGGUCUCUUGGGAGACGCGCCAGGCCUACCCCCACUGCUGCCCUGAGAUCCCCAAGACUCCCGCAGCCACCACCAUGUACACCUUCUUGCCAGACAACUUCUCGCCGGCCAAGCCCAAGCCAUCCAAAGAGCUGAGGCCACUUCUGGGCUCUGCGGUCCUGGGCUUGCUGCUGGUGCUGGCAGCGGUGGUGGCCUGGUGCUACUACAGCGUGUCUCUACGCAAGGCAGAACGGCUGCGCGCGGGGCUGCUGGACCUCAACCAAGGCGGCUUCUCCAUCCGCAACCAGAAGGGCGAGCAGGUUUUCCGCCUGGCCUUCCGCUCGGGCGCCUUGGACCUCGACUCCUGCAGCCGCGAGGGCGCCGUGCUCGGUUGUGCGCGCACGGCCGAUGGCCGCCCGCUGCACUUCUUCAUCCAGACGGUCCGGCCCAAGGACACGGUCCUGUGUUACCGCGUUCGCUGGGAGGAGGCGGCGGCCGGGCGCGCGGUGGAGCACGCCAUGUUUCUGGGCGACUCGGCGGCCCACUGGUACGGUGGGGCCGAGAUGAGGACGCAGCACUGGCCCAUCCGCCUGGAGGGCCAGCAGGAACCCCAGCCCUUCGUCACCAGCGACGUCUACUCCUCCGACGCCGCGUUCGGGGGGAUCCUCGAGCGCUACUGGCUGUCGUCGCGCGCGGCCGCCAUCAAAGUCAAUGACUCGGUGCCCUUCCACCUGGGCUGGAACAGCACGGAGCGCUCGCUGCGGCUGCAGGCGCGCUACCACGACACGCCCUACAAAGCGCCCGCCGGCCGGCCCGCAGCGCCCGAGCUCAGCUACCGCGUGUGCGUGGGCUCGGACGUCACGUCCAUCCACAAGUACAUGGUGCGGCGCUACUUCAACAAGCCGUCGCGGGUGCCCGCGCCCGAGGCCUUCCGCGACCCCAUCUGGUCCACGUGGGCGCUGUACGGGCGCGCCGUCAAUCAGACCAAGGUGCUGCAGUUCGCGCAGCAGAUCCGCCAGCACCGCUUCAACAGCAGCCACCUGGAGAUCGACGACAUGUACACGCCGGCUUACGGCGACUUCGACUUCGACGAGGCCAAGUUCCCCAACGCCAGCGACCUGUUCCGCCGCCUGGGCGAGGCGGGCUUCCGCGUCACGCUCUGGGUGCACCCGUUCGUCAACUAUAACUCAUCUAGCUUCGGCGAGGGCGUGGAGCGCGAGCUGUUCGUGCGCGAGCCCACCGGGCGGCUGCCGGCGCUCGUGCGCUGGUGGAACGGCAUCGGCGCCGUGCUCGACUUCACGCGGCCCGAGGCGCGCGACUGGUUCCAGGCGCACCUGCGGCGGCUGCGCGCGCGCUACGCGGUGGCCUCCUUCAAGUUCGACGCGGGCGAGGUCAGCUACCUGCCGCGCGACUUCAGCACCUUCCGGCCGCUGGCCGACCCGAGCGUGUGGAGCCGGCGCUACACCGAGAUGGCGCUGCCCUUCUUCGCGCUGGCCGAGGUGCGCGUGGGCUACCAGUCGCAGAACAUCUCGUGCUUCUUCCGCCUGGUGGACCGCGACUCGGUGUGGGGCUACGACCUGGGCCUGCGCUCGCUCAUCCCCGCCGUGCUCACCGUCAGCAUGCUGGGCUACCCGUUCAUCCUGCCCGACAUGGUGGGCGGCAACGACGUGCCCGAGCGCGAGCUCUACGUGCGCUGGCUCGAGGUGGCCGCCUUCAUGCCGGCCAUGCAGUUCUCCAUCCCGCCGUGGCGCUACGACGCCGAAGUGGUGGCCAUCGCGCACAAGUUCGCCGCGCUGCGGGCCUCGCUUCUGGCGCCGCUCUUGCUGGAGCUGGCGGGCGAGGUCACGGACACGGGCGACCCCAUCGUGCGCCCGCUCUGGUGGAUCGCGCCCGGUGACGAGACGGCGCACCGCAUCGACUCCCAGUUCCUGAUCGGGGACACGCUGCUGGUGGCGCCCGUGCUGGAGCCCGGCAAGCAGGAGCGCGACGUUUACCUGCCCGCUGGCAAGUGGCGCAGCUAUAAGGGUGAGCUGUUCGACAAGACGCCGGUGCUGCUCACCGACUACCCGGUCGACCUGGAUGAAGUCGCCUACUUCACCUGGGCAUCCUAAGCCAUCCCAUGCCCUCAGCGAUGCCAGGCCUUCCGCCUAGCUCCUCCCCUCCAUCCCACUUCCUCUGUGUACCCCCAGCAAGUCCCCACCUCUGACCCUCUAAGUGGGGGCAGAUACCUCCUGUGCUCAGGCCAGCUCGUGUGGGUCUGGGAGGAGCCGCUGAGGAAGACGCCCACCCAGACACAGUCCCAAGCCCUGCUUUCUCCUCCACAUUCCUUCCUCGAGUAGGAGGGAGCUCAGAGAAAGGCCAGCUUGCUUCCUGUCACGUGUGGUUGGGUUUCAAAAGCACAAAGAGCAACGUCUUCGUCUCUCUUGGCUCUAGUGGCCACCUUUGUCCUUCAGGAGUGGGGUCUUGAGGCCCUCUACUAGACGUUACCCCGCUACACUUAAGGGCACAUUCUCAGAGUAGAGAGUAGAGCUCUGUCCCUUGUCUCAGCUGAACUCUGACAGACCUGGCCCUGUCCCAGCUGGGAUGAAGGCAUGGAGGUGCUUGGCCAGCUGACAAGGAGGUGACAGGCCCCUGCCAUGGUAUAGCCAUCUAGCCCCC